UAUUUCACCAAGAACUCGGCAAAAUUCCUGAUGUUAUGGGAUAGUUUGCUCAUCACCUAAUGGAUAUACUUCACCUAACAUCCUGAUUACUAUUCAGGAUCUUUCAAUGAGCAUGUUUACCAGAAGCUCUUUUUGCUCCUCUCACUCGAUCAAGUGAUAUGACACUAUCAUUAGCUUCUAUUGACAUGUUUUCAGCUAUAUAUCUACUACUCAAGACAACUGAUUUCAUGUAUUUUCUUCGAAGGAAUAUUGUGUAGAAAGUUUCGGGAAGACCAUGAGCUGAAGUUAAUUAUCAUAUAAUUUAUAAAUUUAUACAUUCAUUUCAACAAAAUUUAUAAAUUUAUACAUUCAUUUCAACAGUUUACACAACAAAUCAAAACAAAAAAUUGGCUCUCCCAAGUCCAUGUCCAAAUAUAUAAUUAACUGAUUUAGUAAAACUUGGAUUUCAUGCAGUAUAAGGAAUUUUCUUUUUGGUACAUUCAUGAUGUAGGGAUUUAAUCUAUUGGAAACCAUGCAAAAAUAAAAGAUAUAGGUCAUCUGUAACACUCCUGGUUUAGGUGCAACCGCUUCGUGUUAAUCCUUCAAAAUCGGUUCUCCUCAAUCUAACAAACCUUUCAAACCAAGCAAAACAGCUUAAGCAAGAGGAAGGCUUGUCAUUUUUCACGAACUUAAUUUUCUUCGAGUCUCUUAUUAAAGAUGCUAUGGAUAUCUUUAACUCUUUGCUAAACCAAAUGGUUCUCAACAAGUUGGUAGCCUUCAUCUGCAACUUGAUUGGUGUAAGAGUUCAUGCAAGAAUAAAAGAAGCAGCAACGGCAGGCUAUGUGGCGAUCAAGCCAGAUAUCUCAAAGAAUGUGGUCAAGGAGGGAUCAGCCAGCAACUUCCGAACAAGAUUGAGCCCUGGUGAAGUUUCAGCAGAAGGUGAAAUAUGUUGUGUUUGUUUAUCAAGCAUGGAGGAGGGAGAUGACAUGCGUGUUCUUCCUUGUUUGCAUCGGUUUCAUCGGGUGUGUGUUGACAGGUGGCUCAAUGCAUGCAGGAAGAAUUGCCCAGUAUGCCGGUUUUCUAUGGGACAAGAAGAGAGGUUUCAUAGAAGGGAAGCCUUCACUGAGGAGAUGUUGACCUGGUUUUCAUCUUUCCAUGUAGCUGGCUUCUAGCCUUUUUUGUUUUUUUUUUUCAAUGUAAUAUUGUAAACCGUUGAUAAAAAUGAUAUUCCGUUGCCGGGAAUCGAACCCGGGUCUCCUGGGUGAAAGCCAGAUAUCCUAACCGCUGGACGACAACGGAACUGAUUUUUAAGAACUUCUAUGUUAAUAAUUAAUAUAAAGAGUAACGCGGUAAUCAGUGGAAUAAAAAGAAAACAAUGAUAAAAGGACAAAGGUAUGCAGAUGUUGUAUAAAAGACAAAUAUGAACCGUAAUCCAUUGGACCGAAAGGCCAGGGUCAAGGUUGGUCCAGUUUGUAUUUUGGAAAAAUGGGAAGAGAAAUGAAUAUUUCAUGAAAAAACUGUUGAUUUUGAAAAUUGGAAUUUUCCCAUUUGUUGAAUGAUAUUCUGUACGAAACUUGAUUGAGUGGCUUUAUAUAGAAUGAUAUUUGGGCAUAAUUUAUAAGCUGUCCGAAAUAGAAAAAGUAGGUUUAUGGAAAGAGGA